UCUUGUCAAACGCAGGGCGCAGGCGAACAUCAAAAGUAGAGUCACUCGCAGGCAGCCAUAAGUGCAGAAAAUAUACAAAAGAAUUUGAAUUCCGAUCGAAAAUUCGCGAGAAUCUACAUUAUAUAUACUAUAAAAGUGAAACCGACUAAAACGUGGACUAAAUAUUAAACAAUACUAAUUGUUUAAUAACAGUGUUUUACAAGUUUUCACAAACGCAAGGAAUUAACUACAGAACAAAAUGAGUGCUGGUGGCAUGGGAGAGAAAAGAAAAUUGUCUACAUCGGGCGAUUCUCUAUAUCAAAUAUUGGGACUUCCUAAAACAGCUACGGCUGAUGACAUUAAGAAGACUUACAGAAAAUUAGCACUUAAAUACCAUCCAGAUAAAAAUCCAAAUAAUACCGAUGCCGCCGAAAAAUUCAAGGAAGUGAAUCGCGCUCAUUCUAUAUUGAGCGAUCAGACGAAACGUAAUAUUUACGAUAAUUAUGGUUCAUUGGGUCUUUACAUUGCCGAACAAUUCGGUGAGGAGAAUGUGAACGCCUACUUUGUGGUGACAUCGCCGGCGGUGAAGGCGCUUGUUAUUUGCUGCACUAUUUUGACUGGCUGUUGCUGCUGCUGCUGYUGUUGUUGUUGCUGCAACUUCUGUUGUGGCAAAUUCAAGCCACCGGCGAACGAGUCACACGAUCAGUAUGCACAUUUGAAUCGUGGCGAAGGGGAUAGAGAGCCUAGUGAUAAUUCAACAAAUAGGAUACAGUCCACAGCGCAUAAUGAGGACGCCGAUUUGGAUGAUGUAAAUUUGGGCGGCGGUACCAAUAAUCAACCAUCCGGUUUUGGCAGCACCGGUAUACCGUUCGCGAUGCCACCGCCACCGCAAGCCGCCGGAGCCACUGGCGUGAAUCCAUUCACGGGCGCACCAGUUGCUGCUGCAACAGAGAAUACAUCGCUCAACGCUACAGAACAGCCGACAUAUACGCCAGAUAUGGUACACCAAAAAUAUUAGACGCAUUCAGCAACAAAAACAAAACAAUCAAUUAUCAGAAAUAAUUUGCGCAAAUCAAGCUUCAUAACAGCUGACGUCCAGCAACUUUACACAUUCAAUUAGAAAAAACAUUUAUUUUGCUAAAUGCAUAUAAAUACCGCAAAGCUAAAAGAACAUACAAAAUUAUUUCUUAUUGAUAAAGCACAUUUCACACAUCAUUUUACAUAUAAAUGUAGUACAUGUGUGUAAAUUAGCUUAAACUGUAUUGUGAUUUUCGAACUACACAAUUUUCCUUUAAUUUUUGCUAUUUUAAUUACUUAUAUUUUUAAAAUAUGAAAAAUGUUUAGUUUGUAAAAAACCGAAUAUUUAAAGGACAUGCUUUAGCAAAUAUUGAGGCAAUUAAGCGAUUAGAUUACAGAAAUGUGUAGAA